AUGGCCGAUGACUGGCAGCAGUCUAUCUUUGAGAUGUCUGUGAUUAAUUCUGAGUUGUUCAAUGCCUGCUGGACGAAGAUUGAAUCCAUACCGGACUUGGAUCUGUCAAACGUGCUCAAACAUGAACAUUACGCUUCCCGCGGAUGCUGGCCGUAUUCCACCGAAGCUGGCCAUGUUGCACCCCUUCUAGUCGCAGCCCAGCAUGACCGAUUCGAGGCGACUAGCUGGCUUCUGUGGAAUAAUGAUAACGUCUGCGAGCAAAGGAGUUGUGCGGUCGCUGCCACUGUCCGCCAAACCAAGGACAGUGCUCGCAUCCUUCACCUGGUCAUGAUGCGCAUGUCUCUAGCAGGUCCACUUCGUCCACCUAGCUGGCCCCAGGAUAUUGCUGUUGAAGUCAUCCGGGCUGCUUGUAAUCAAAACCAAAUGGGCCGACCUGAGAUUCUGGAAUACAUUCAGGAUCUUGCUUUCCGAAAGAUUGGAUCUGUGAAGGCGUCUGCCCCGGACCUUCUUUCAUACUCGAAAGAGAGUCUAUCAAGUGCGAAAGAAGCAGGUCUGACUGACCUGGUUGAUUUCCUACGAGCUGGGAACAAAGAGGCAUGGAAAACGCUCCCCAACUACUGCUGA